CUUUCGAGAAUUUUCGUGGAUUUGUUCCUAACCCACAGACGUCGCGAAGUGGCGGUUAUGUCGGCGACGGGAGUGAUGUGAUCACGAGCACGGACGGAUGCUCUUUGCUCUUUCUGCUCUGCGCAGUUUGUUGUUGUUUAACAGACUGCUUCUGCUCAGAUUCACUGUGGAUUAAUCCUCUUCUUUUCAAUUGGCUCUUUUGUCGUCCUCACCACCCUCGCAGUGGCAGAACCGGCAUUCGGUGCAUCUCCGUUACAUAAUCGGGAUUAGGGCACGUGCCAGACAUUCUUCCUCCCGACCCUCCUGCCCAAGUAUCAGACGCGCGAGAGGGCUCAACACGGCAGCACGGCAUCGCAGCUGAUACCCAAGCUCAUCCACGGAAGAUCACAAGACCCAGAGAUAUUCAUAGUUCAAGAUGGCUACCGACAGCACGACGACCACAUUCAUCGCCUGCAUCAUCAUCGGCUUCCUGGUAGUGCGCUGGUACGUAUCGGCGCCUCAGCAGCAGAUACCAGCAGGAGCCACAGGCACUCCGCAGAGCAGGGCAACAGCAUCCAGCACAGGCGUGGCCGGCCUGUCUUCGUUGGCUUCUGAGCUGCAGCGACCGCGCUCGCGACGACCAGUCACGCAGGGUAUGAUCGAGGUCGUGCAGAGCGUGGCACCGACGCUCACCGUCGAGCAGAUCCGGUUCGAUCUCGAGCGGUCGGGUUCUGUCGAGGCUACCAUCGACAGAUUCCUUGCCGAGGGAGGCCUUCCUAUGCCUCCAAACGCACAACCGCGCGCCCAGCCAGCUCCUUCCUCAGCGGCCGGCUCAUCUUCCACUCCCGCCACCAUCUCAUCGUCUCUCGCAUUUCCCGAUCUGAUCACGCGGUAUCAUCUUGAGACCAAGAUUGGCGCCGACGGUCUACCAAUUGAGCCCAAACUAGCAGAAGACAUAACCUCUGCCGCCACCUCAUCAUCAUCGCCACCACCACCACCACCACCGUCAGCAGCGGCCUCAAGUUCAAGUACAGGCGCGUCAGGCAAGAAGAUGAAAUGGAGCGGUUCAAAGGAGGAGAGACAGGCAAUGUUACGAAAGCAACGAGAAGACAUGAUUUUGAAAGCACGGCGCAAAUUGGAGGCCCAGCUCGAGGCUGAGAAGCCAAGUGCUGCUUGAACAUACUAUUUGCGUCGACUGUUUUACGUGUU